AUGGCCGCCGUUUCGCCAGCAGCAGGCAGCGUCGAGCCCGCGCAACUGGGCUUUCUCGCCAUCUUUAACCCUUCUCUGAGCGUCUCGGACGAUACCCUCGAUGACCAAAUCGUAUACUAUGCUAGCGUCAACACCCAAACAGACCGCAAGCGGCAGCGGCGCCGCACCCGUGGGGGAAAGCCGACCGAGGGCCUGAGUCAAGAGGAGAGGAAUGAGCGCCUCAGGCAGAUUGGCCUGGCGCAAGGUAUGGCUAGUUUCAGCAGAGGCUUCGCAGAUGGCGCCGCGGUCGACACGGUCGACAUGGACAAGUCGCGCGUGUUGCUGCACGAGCUGGAACCGGGCUGGUGGAUUCUGGCGUCCAUCGAUCUGACCAAAAUUCCACUCCCCCCUCGACUACCGACAAAAACGGGCGAUGGCCAGGAAGAAAAGUUCGAAUACUCGAGUCGCGAGCUCAAGCCCGCCAGCUUAAUGCUGGCUGAUCUUCUGCGCGCGCACAACAUCUUCCUCAUGCACCACGAUUCCUCGCUAAGCGCCCUAUUUGUUCGGAGUAGACGAUCCAAGUUUGUGACCGUGCUGAGCCGUUACUGGGACCUAUACCUCUCAACAUGGAACGUGAUGCUACAUGGCAAUCCCGCACGCAACAGCUAUGGCGGUAUCAAUGUUGCGCCUUGCGGUGAACUUGGCGUGGGCGUGGGCGAGGAGGACCGCGGAAGCAGCGAGCGCGAAGUGUUGGAGGGCCUGGUCGGGAGGAUAGAAGGACUUGUUGAUCUCGUCGUGUCCCGAUUCGGCGAGUGUGAGGCCGGCACGGAGGGUGCAGCGUCGACCGACCAAACAAAUUCGCAUUGGCUAGGUGCAGGACACGAGCCUGGCCACGAAGAUGGCGCCAUCUUUCUUGGGACCGGAGCACUGUCACGCAAAUCUGUGAGGGAUGUCACGCACUGGAUGGAGGAUCUCUACACGUGGGGAGAGCACGCGUACGGCCUCAUAGAGAGCCCGACAUCUGUACGGCGAGCGAAGCCUAGCAAGUCCAAGGCUCAGGCUCAGGCUCAGGCCGCCGCACCUUCGCACGAUGAAGAGCCGCCACAGCCGACAAAGGCGCAAGGCGAUGCUGAUCCCCGUCCGACAGAUGAAAACGAUUCCGAGCAAAGCAAAUUGGACAAGAUGUACAGCUACAUGAAGAUGGGCUACGGUACCUAUUGGUCCUUACCGGGUGCUAGUGGACCUAGUAGCGACACCGAGGCCAAGGACACUGGGCAGCCUGCAACAACAGAACAUGACAAGUCUUUAAAAUCCGAACGACCAGGCUUGGGACGUCGCUCGUCUUCCAGCGAAGCAGCUGGGCAUUUCCUCAUUGGCCUUAAAGGUGACAUUGAAGAAGGCAAUAGCGAUAACGGCAGUCACACCUCUGAGGAUGGCGAGGAGAACCACAACUCACGCACAGUGCUACGGACCAUCAACGUUGAACUCGAAUCAGAGUCAGCAGAACAGCCAGAAGCGACCAUUAUCAAGAACUUUCAGCAUCCCGCGAGCGUCCAUACGCAGUCGCAAGUGGUGGGCAACAUGGUUCCCGGGUACAAUUCACAUGACCUGAACAAGGCCGCAAAGCUGCGGGUUGUUGUAUAUGUAAACAGGCCCUUUGUCUUUGCUUUCUUCUUCCGUUUGCGUACCGACUCGCUGGCCAUGGACACCCUGUACCGAUCGCUGCACCACCAGCUCGCGCCCCUGAAGAAGCAGCUCAUCGCGUCUACCGAAUACAGGCCCCGCCGCCCAGAUUCCGGCCGUCAGGCAUCCGAAAUCCAUGACUUGAUCUGGGACCCCCAGUCCAUGACAGUGCGGUCGAAUAUCCCCAACAUCCCCGAAACAAACGAUCCUCCCGACCAGUGGUCGCGUGCUGACGCAUUGAGCACGCACUUGCAUCUGCUUAAUAUCCAGGCUGCAACGCGCCACCAGGCUUGUGAGCUCGAGCGUACGCAGAAGACAUCUAGAGGGUGGUGGAUCGUGUGGACACGCAUCUACGACGAGGCAAAGGCGGGCGAUGCCACCGACCUCCAGACAAUCCACGAAAGCACGUCGGAUGCCGAAAGUCAGUCUGCCCGCCAGCAUGACGACCGUGAUGCCACCAUUGGCAAGGAGAUUAUCCUCAUCCGCCGGGCAAGUGACCACAUCGGGUUCAGGACGGAGAGCGUGGCAGGAGGUGAGGGCGCUGGAAGACUGGCGCAAGGCAUAGGCGUCGACACAAGGCGCUAUAUCGAGGAGCUUCUCAGCUUGCUGUAA